GAAGCCCGACCCAAAACCUCCCCCCAAGGGUGAAAGAAACCAGAGAGCGACCGAGGCGGAGGAGAGUGAGCAGCGGUCCCACGCGCCAGCCAGCAGCGGACCCCAUGGCCGCCGGCGACGGCGACGGCGCCGACCCGAUGGAGCUCGUGCGGGGGCAGUACGACGCCGACGAGCUCGCCAUCGCCGGGGAGUUCCUCACCACCUGGCUCCCCUUCCUCUCCGCCGGCCUCUGCCCCUCCUGCGUCGGCUCCCUCCGCGGCCGCGUCGCCUCCCUCCUCCCGCCCCCGCCGACGCCAGCGGAGGAGCCGGCGCCGCCGCCGACGGCCGAUAGGGUCGUUGCCACGGGGUGGGACUCGGAUCCGGCCGCCCCGCGGCAUCUCCCGUUCGAGCCCAGCGGGUGGGACUCGGAUCCGCCCCCGCCGCCGCAGCAGGCCGAGGCGGAGAAGCCCCGGAUGUCGUGGGCGGACAUGGCGCAGGAGGACGAGCUCGCCGCCGCCGCGGCCGCCGCCGACGACGGGGAGGAGGGGGAGGAGGAGGAGGAGGCCGGCGGGGCGGGGAGGCCGAGGGCGAGCCUGACGAGGGAGCAGCGGGAGCUGCAUCGGUUCCGGAACGUGCUGCGGAAGGACGACUUCAUAUGCCUCGAGAGGGUCAAGGGCAGCCUCGUCAACAUCCUCGCCGGCCUGGAGCUCCACGCCGGCGUCUUCAGCACCGCCGAGCAGAAGCGCAUCGUGGACUGCGUCUACGGCCUGCAGGAGAUGGGCAAGCGCGGGGAGCUUGGAGAUCGUACAUAUACAGAACCUGAGAAAUGGAUGCGUGGUAAAGGGCGUGUAACAAUUCAAUUUGGAUGCUGUUAUAACUAUGCUACGGACAGGAAAGGAAAUCCACCAGGCAUCAUUCGAACUUUUGUUUCUGAUCCGAUCCCUGAACUAUUUAAGGUCAUGAUUAAGAGAUUGGUAAGGUGGCGUAUUCUGCCAACGGAUUGUGUGCCAGACAGUUGCAUUGUCAACAUGUAUGACCCUGGAGAUUGCAUCCCACCACAUAUAGACAGCCAUGAUUUUGUUCGACCAUUUUGUACUGUUUCAUUCCUCAGUGAAUGCAACAUACUUUUUGGGUCUAGUCUGAAAAUCGCUGGUCCUGGAGAAUUUACGGGCUCAUUUGCAAUACCUCUGCCCGUUGGGUCUGUGCUCGUCAUAAAUGGUAAUGGUGCUGAUGUUGCAAAGCAUUGUGUUCCAGCGGUACCAUCCAAAAGGAUAUCCAUUACCUUCAGAAAAAUGGAUCCUGCAAAGCGUCCAUUCAGUUUCAAGGAUGAUCCUGAACUGCUGAACAUUACUCCUCUCGAAGCACCAGCUGCACCCGAAACCAGCAGAUCCUCAGAUGAAGGCAAGGGGAAGCAGCUUGAUGUACAAACUCGGGAUCCGGGCAGCAGAUCAUCCAGAAGCAGGAAAUCCAAAGGAAGAACGACACCUGCUGGAAAGACUGGAUGGGGCGGCAUUCUUGGAGACCAACCUCCACAGCACCCACAGAGCCCUGCCUCCAGUGUGAGCUCUGACAGAGAGAGGGACUCCAUUGGGAGGUCGAGAGAGCCAAGAUAUCCACCAAGUUCUGACAGAGAAAGGGACUCCACUGAGAGGUUGAGGGAGCCAAGAUAUCCGCGUGACGCGCCAUCCCAUGGGGAGGACCUCAGAGACCGGCUGAACAGGCUGCCUCAUGAGAGGACGUCUGGCAGCGGCGUGUUAUUCGUCAACAAUGGUGCGGACUCUCAGGCCAGGGGGCAACGGAUGGAGCACAGGCAGCUACAGAUGAUCAAUCGCACCAUCAACGAUGACAUGGACUCCCUCUCCUUCGGGAGCCAUGAGCCCUCCGACCAGCCCCGCGUGAGCGUGCGGACCAUACACAACAGACCAAGGACUAGAAUAAAUCUGGGUUGGUAGCCAGCCAUACCACGUGUGACUGGUCGUGUCUGUACUCAAAAUCUUCGGAGGCAAUGUCGGAAAAGUUUACCGAUACCUGGAAACUGGAAAGGGGAAGUUGUGAUGUACAUUUCAGGAAUUGAAUUCACUGAUAGAUACUACUGUAGUCAGGAGCCUAUUGUGUAGAUAAUCAGAGCUGUUAUUUUUCCUGGAAUGCUGUAAUUGUGUCUUGGUGUGGAUGAUGCGUUGCUUUGGUGGGAUUAUUGAUGACUGAAUAAUAUUGGCUGGGUGUAGGGCAGGAGUUUUUCCUGGAAUUAA